ACUUCCCAGUGGACGAAUGUACUUAUCAAAACAAACUAAACCACUUAUGCUUUCAACGAAAUGCUCGAUUGAAACCACGUGCCGACUUAAUUCUAGUGUUACUCCAUAUUUAUAGUGUUAACCGACAACAAAAAUGCAAUUUCAAGGAGUCAUGAGUAUUGUUUUACCGACGCUUUGGGCUAUUUCAACCAUCGCAGAGGAAACCUUGAUGUCGCCAACAGGCAUUACUACUACUGCUGCUGCCAUCACCACCAAACAUGUCACGAAUUCGAGUGUCAAUAACACGACGUCCAAGAACAAUCACAUCAAGUUUUUCAACGUAGAUAAUUCAAUGAUACAAAGAACCUUGUACGUCCUUAUUGGAAUCACCACAAUUGGAGUGCUCUAUUUCCUCGUGAGAGUUGUGCGGCUGAAGAAAACUACUACCUCUCGGAAGAAAUAUGGCCUGUUGUCAAACUAUGAUGACAGCGUGGAAAUGGCUGCGCUGGAGAGUGACGAGGAGGACGACACUGUAUAUGAAGCCAGGUCCCUGAGAAGAUGAGUCCGGGUCUUGUCAAAGAACACACAUUGGACUAGGGAAUGAAUGGAGACAUUCCUAAGGCAUAUUUUUCAACGGUUAUUAUGGCAUAUCUUUGUUUUUCUUAUUCUCUUCGACCUGAAAUCGACCGGAAAAAUGGCUAUCAAAAUGACUUCUCUAUCCUCCGAUGAACUCUCAUGUUGUCUAGCUGCCUGGGUAUGAAAAAGACAUGGUGUUUUUGGUGACCAAACCGACCGUUGAUUCUAUCUAUGAAGAGGAAGAAAUGGGAUUUGUAACAUUACAAGACCAAACCAGUUGUGCUGAGUCUGACUCCAAAGCUGCUUGAGUGAAUGUGAGCAGGAUUUUUUUUCAAAUCAGCUCAGCGACAAUGCGUUUUAUUGUGUAAAGUGGACCACCAUGUCCCCUCUGUCCAUCUUGAACUGUGCAUAACAAAGACAACAACGAACAAAACGAAAGAUCUCUUCUAAUCAUUAACACAGAUCCCCAAUUAACCCGGUCGAUGUAGUGUUGCCAACGUUUUAUUUCUUUGUCUCCUAACAAAAUACUGUUGCCAUGGCAUCCUAUAUAUUUUGAUGUCCACCUUGAAUCAUGGACCAUUAGUUAGGCUAGUUGCUAAUAGCCUGAUUAGUGAGAGUGUGUUUACAAACUACUGUAAACUAAACCAGCCUACCAAUAUCCCCACCCCAUUUUGAACUAUGCACCAGCACCAGAAUGUUGUACUGUAGGAUGUACCUGCUCUAUUUGGAAGACUCAGACCUAAUAAGUUCGUAAUACUAUUAACACAAAGGAUUUUCUCAGAAAGCAAGACUUAAGACAACAUUUUUACAAUCUUAGACAGUAUGGAAUGUGUCUCUAAUUAUAGCCCUUUAUUUAGGAAAUGCAGGCUAAUCAAUAUGCAAUUCCACUGGCGAUAGAAUAAAAAUCAGUUACUCAUAUCAGUUAAACUAUAACUUCUGCUUCUGCUUUUUCUAUUAUGCUGGGUUUUUCUAAAGAAUUACUCAUUUCAGAGCUGGUUCUUUGCUUUUUGUAACACGUGGUUGCUGUUGACUGACUGACAUUUUAUUUACGUUUAUUAAGUUCAUUUUCACUUUUUAGAAAAAUGUAAUGGGUGAUUUUUUUUCUUCUCCACCGAUAACUUGCUGUUGUAUUAACACAAGCAAAAUAACAAGAAAGGGUAAACACAAAAUGUAUUUAUUUUUAUUGAUCCUUUACCAAUUCUUGGUUAGUCAAAUUGAGGUUAUGAAUCUAUUGUGUAUUAAGUUUCCAAACCAUACUCAAGUUGCCGAAGCACUUACUUUUUAAGUGGAUCCCUGGAAAAGUAUUUGUCACUUCUCCAGCCAUGAGAUCUCUAUAGAGAAGUAGUAGGGGGACCAGCAGCACACAGUUGGAACCGACUACCAGGGAGGGUUUCUGAUGAUUCAGGACAGAUAUGCCAGAAACCAUGGGGGAAUAAUUUGGGGGUGGAUGUGGGGCAGGAACACAGUAAGUCUGUACUAGAAACGGUCAUCUUUUGUAAGAAUAUAAAUGCUGCACCUGCGCUCGAAACAGCAGCUGUUGGGAUGCCGGAUCACAUCGUUCCAUGGUGUCAUAUGAUUUAUUUAGUCUUGAGGUGGUUUUCUGUCUGCAUUCCAUUCAGUCUGUGCUAAUCUUGUAUUUAACGCUAGCGAUGUCAGUCACAUGAUAAAUAACUAAUGGUAAAGGCCUCAGUUAAACUUCUAUGCUCUGACUGGAUCUAACAAAUAUAAUGAUGACCUUCUCAGUUUUAAUAUCUGAUUUGUUACCAAUACAGUUUUGACUUGUGUUCAUGGCUAAUUUCUCGCCAUCCUCCCUCUGUCAACUGUAUGUACAUUGUGAUCGGCAAUAUCAUUCCUUUGUCAAUAUUGUGGUCUGUGUGAUACAGAAGUCACAGUCGUGUUGUGAAUGAGGCCAAAGUCUGUGUGUGUAUUAAGUCACGUAUUCCCUUUUGAAUUGAAGACUAGUGGUGAGCGCUGUGUGGAUUAUGCAGGGUUGAGGCACUCGGUUUGGUGGUGGGGAGCCUUGUCCAUGGAGUUGGAUUGUUCUGACGCUUAGGCUGUUACUGUUAGCUUUUUUCAAAUAACGAUGAAAAUAAAAACAGUGAAACUGACCAAAACUGA